AUGGACAAAUCAUUCUUUCGAACUUUUUAUACCUCCCUGCCUAUACGAACACACGAGUAUGCAUUCAUUCAAGGUUCUCCUGAAGGUGUUAUCUCCAGUACAGAGGUCUCUCGCGCGCUUGCGGAUCGUGAAGUGUUCAUCGAAACCACCCAACCAGGUCUCUGUGGACCUGAUGAACACUACAUGAAAUCUGGUCAGGUCUUAGGGCACGAAGGCAUCGGUAUAAUACAAUCGGUUGGAGCUGCUGUUACGUUACCGAAACAAGGCGACCGCGUGGGCUUUGGCUACACCCAUGAAAUCUAUGGCACCUGCGACAAUUGUUCUACUGAUAAGCCAUAUGUGAACUACUCAGGCGCCGUAUGGGACCCCAAAUGUGUGUACCGGAUUCCCGAGGGUUACGCUUCGGAGUACGCUGCGCCCCUUAUGGUAGCCAUAACGGGCAUUGGAGGCCUCGGUCAUCUGGCCAUCAAGCUUGCUGCUGUCAUGGGAUGCCAAGUCGUGGUUCUUUCGAGCAGCAAGUCAAAAAGGCGAGAGAAUCUUGAAUAUGGCGCAACCGAGUUUCAUUGUUUCCGUUUUGGAGACACGAGAGCAAAGACCUUCGAGCCUGUCAAACACCUGUUGCUCUGUGGUAGCACAGUGGUCAAUUAUGCUAGCCUGAUUCCUCUCAUGGAUACGUACGGUAGUAUCUAUCCUUUGACAGUCGCUUUCGAGCCUGCUCCAGUCCCAAUGCUCGAUCUCGUAUGGAAAGGGGUCAGGAUUCAAGGAUCACUUGUGGCAUCACGACAAACAAUCAAGGAUUUGCUUGAGUUUGCAGCUCGCAAGGACAUCAAGCCAACGAUAGUGACAUACCCACUUACGAUUGAAGGUAUCUCAACAGCGAUGAAAGCGUUAAGGAAUGGUGCGGUCAGAUACAGAGCCGUUCUGUUGUCGAGAGCCUGA